UCACUAAGAACAACACGCGCCCUGCUUGUGCUCACAAUAAAUAAAUAAAACUUGCGUAUUCAAUUUGUGUCUUUUAAAGCUGUGUAUAAAUUGUGUGUGUGUGUAAUUGUGUUUGUGUUUUGCGUGAAUUGUCCUGUGUUGUUGUGUAUAAGCGGGAAUGAGUUGUGCGUUGUUAUUCCGUCGUGUGUGAACCUAAGGUGGAAAGGUUUUGGAUGUGUUCUCGAGGAUAGUACUUCGAUGCCCUCAGCACGCCGGUGACCAAGGUCAACUGUAACCACUUGCAAACCAGUGAUGGAGUGAAGGCGAAUGGGUCUGGCCGCAGCGCUGCUGGAGGCGGCGGCGCGCGGUGACGCGGCCCGGCUCGCGAGCCUGCUCAACGCUGACUCGAGAGACGUCAAUGCUACCGAUGAGAAUGGCUGUACAGCAUUACAGCGCGCCGCGGCCGACGGACACGUCGAAGUCGUCACACUGCUCCUCCAGCACGGAGCUGAUCCGAACAAACAAGAUCAUUUGCACGGCAAUACAGCAGCGCACGAGGCGGCGUGGAAGGGUUACUCCAGGUGUGUGGGGCUGCUGGCGCGGGCCGGAGCCGAUCUCCUCGCUAGGAACUCGGCCGGCUUCGUGCCGCUGCAUCUUGCCUGUCAGAACGGACACAACCAGUCCUGCAGAGAGAUUUUGCUCGCUGGCGCGCCGCCGGACUUACAGAAUAAUUAUGGCGAUACAUCCUUACACACAGCGGCGCGUUACGGCCAUGCCGGCGUCACUCGCAUCCUCAUCUCAGCGCAAUGCCGCGUCUCCGAGCAAAACAAGAACGGCGACACGGCUCUCCACAUCGCUGCAGCCAUGGGAAGAAGGAAACUAACACGCAUACUCUUGGAAGCGGGCUGCGACAAAUCCAUCAGGAACCACCAAGGGGAAACAGCAAGAGAUAUCGCAACCAGGAAAGGACUCGAAGAGAUCAUCCAAAUACUGAACACUCCUGUCGCUAAACAACAAAAGAAAAAACGAGACAAAAGCAAAGAGAGAACUUUAGAUGAACCUGACGACGGAAAAAAGAAAGAUAAAACUAAAGACAAAAAAAAGAAGAACGUUCAUUUUGAAACGCCCCAAGUUCCGUGGUCCCCAUACGGGUGUCAUUACUAUCCCGAUCCUAAAUACUUCCCAAAGCCUAGGUUGAGCUCGCUACCCACCGAACCAUUAAGAAAAGGCGAACAGUACUUCCUAGACUUAGCUGGAAACAUAAAAAAGGGCCCGAUAGGUGCAGGCUACACGUGCUAUUGUGCUCCAUUCUUCAAACACAUGGAGGACAAACUGAACGAAGAUAAGAAAGACUUAAAGAAACAUAUAGACAGAGCUCAUGAACGAUUAGAUCAGAAAGUUACCGAUCUAGAAAUGAAGACUCAAGGACAAAUAUCUGAACUAACUAGAUUCGUGGCAGCAGAAAGGGCAUUGUGCAAAGAACGGCACAUACACCUGGAACAGUGGCUUACACGUGGGAUGAUGUUCAGGGCUUCGGAACGCGCGAGAAAACCAGACUUUAGUCCUAGAUGCUCAAUAGACAUACCUCCACUGAAAAGGACGAGAAGUCUCGAGUUCUUAGACACUGAAGAACGUACUAGGGUAAACCAAAUUGUCAAAAAUUUCAAUAAAAAUGCUGAACAUUAUGAGAGCGAUUCUAAAGACUUAAACGACAGUAAAACGACGUCUAAAAGCACUGAGGGUCUGGAUAGCAAAAGCUCACAGAGUCCAAGGCGAAGGCAUUUCCUGAAGAAUUCCAAGAGUACCGACCAUUUAGACGCAGGUCCCAGUCGACUAUCGCGACCUCCUCUACCGUUUCAUGUACCUCAAGACCCAAACCGCCUACAUAACGUUACAGCAGAGAUUCAUAUUAAAGAUAAUAAAGUUUCCGUGUCCAAAUCACCUUCACCGAUGACGGUUCAAACGAAACCUACAUAUAAUCAAAGAUAUGUAUCUCCUAGUCGUCUGUCAGAUCCUAAGUCACACGUUGCUACCGAUCCUGAAGAUAGGAUACAGCCAGAACCAAAUGUAUCAUGGAAGAGCCAAGUAUUGCAAAGAACGGCUGAUGACAUUCGAAAAAGAGUAGACCUAGAGAAAGAGGUGUCUGGGGUUGCAACUCGAAACCCCAAGGCAUUAGAUAUUUCUCAAGACGGUUACGUUAAGCUACGAAAACAAAACUACCACGCUAACGAAGGACCCAGGAAAUCAGUGCAGGAAUUAGUAGCGCAAGUUGAACAGCAGAAAGGAAUUGCUCACGAGCAAAUGUUAAGAAAACCACCGAUUGAUAGUCCAGACCUCAUAGUACAGCCUAGUCCAAGUGGGAUUUUGAAAAUGCCUCAACAACCUCAGCGACCCGCUCCAGUAUUGAAAGAAAAGCCACCGAAGACCAAACGUUUUAGUUUGCACAACUUAAUUCCAUUCCCAACGAGAAAAUCCUUCCAAAGCCCACCUCAAGAAAAUGGGAACAAUUCUGAAAGCAGCGACGAAGAGGACAAUCCGAUACGUAGUUCAGUUCAGCCUGGUCCUAUGAGAAAUACUAACUUACUACAAACACUUCCCAUGCCAAAUUACGAGACUAUGUCUGGAAAGUCACAAUCACCGGCACCAACACAACCCCCCACUUACGACUUACGUACAAUGAUACCGAAAGAUGCAUAUUUCCACGAAAUACCAAAUCGACAACCUUACUUGGACAAUGGUCACUACACUCAAACGCCAUACGACUUUAACCAAUCAGGUUUGCCCAACGCGGUCCAGGCUCGAAGCAGGAACCCGCUAUACCACAACAACACCGGUGUGUUCGAUGCCAUGAUGCAAGACCAUAUCUACAGGGAAAUGGAACGCAUUCCACAUUGUUACAGCCAACAUUUGGACCAGAACACCGAAGUUGAGAUCGCUAAUCAGAACGAUCUUCGUUAUUACGACAAUCAUCCAGGAAUGUUCCCGAGAAACGUAAGGAAGCCAGCUCCAGACCACAGUUUGUUGCACAGUCGACUGCAAUCGUUGGCCAUAAACACACAUUUGACGGAAACCCAAAGCCAGACCGACCGGGAAUCGCACAAUGAUUCCGGUUACAGUACAAAGGUGUACGGCAGCUCACAAGGCCCUUCUCCGAGUUUAUCUGGGCAUGUGGACGAUAAUUUAUCUGGUCAACGAGUAAAUGUAGGUAGCGGGAAAUCUGUCGCACAUAUGGGCGCAUCGAGCUUAGUGUAACAUCCCGAUCUUGCCUUCCAUGUUAUUGUUAAUUACACUAAAUGAUUGAGAGCAGUCACCUAUUAGUAGAGUCUCGAACUACACAAUAGAAUAAAAUAUACUAUUUUAGUUUUCACAAAGCACAGAACUUAUCUACUAGAUAUCUUAGUUCUAAUGUCUUGAGAUUUGUGUUUAU